AUGGCCGUUGAGGCAUUGAUGCAGAUAGCUGUUCCUUUAGAUGGAGAGUCCGCGGAUCUAGAUAUCCCUGUCGUACUCCGCCAGGUGCAUCUACCGAAGGCUCUCCAGUUGACGGAUGAAGAGCCGGUCGAGCUCUACACGGAGCUCCGGCCUCAUCCUAUCUCUAGCGUAAACGCUUCAGAUACAUGGUGGGAAUUCCAGAUCUCUUCCGUCUCCGAUGCUACGCCUUGUACUUGA